AUCAAGGAUGCAUCAGGAGAUGACUUGUGUGUAAAUGCAUUUUACACAAAGUAGAGGCAAUGGCGACAGAGGAACUACCACAUAACUGGACAAACGAGGAAACCCAGUCGCUCAUUGAGUGGCGUGCUGCCAAUGACAAACUUUUCACUGGCAAGCGAAACUCAUCAAAAAAUGGAUGGGAAAUCUUCGUGGCCGCUUCUGGCCUGGACAUUACUGCCAAGCAGGCCAGAAAGAAGUGGAAUAACUUAAAGGACAAAUAUAAGGAGCUUAGGAACCCAGCCACGGGCAAGGGAGUAGAAGCUGGUAGUGUGACUACUGCCACCUGGCAGUGGUAUAACAUGAUGGAUGCUGCACUCCAGGGGCAGCAUGUCAUCAGUCCGCCCCGGGUCAUUGCAGCUAACCUGACUGCCGCUACAGGUUCAGCUCGAGCAAAAAUUUCAUCUGCCGAAAGCCAGUCACUUUCAAGUAUAGCUAAAAGCUACGCCCCUGUUACGGAAAUCUCUUCAGUCAAGAUGGAGGACAACCUGAUCGUGGCAGUGUGCUCUUUGCCCAAAUUGUAUAAUACCACAUCAACAGCCCACCAGGACAAAGAGAGGGCAUGGCGGAAGGUCGGCAAGACAGUUGGAGAGCCUGAAAGUGACUCUGGUGCACCUGACCUUAUUGAGCAGAAGGAGGAGGAGGAGGAGGAGGAGGAGGAGGAGGAGGAGGAUGAUGAUGAGGAAGACGAACUGUCGUUGGAGGAGAUUUUAAUGCUUUACAGUCAACCGAUUAACGAGGAACAGGCCUGGGCAGUAUGUUACCAGUGCUGUCGGUCUUUGGCGCAGGAACAGGGAAGAAUUAAUUCCAGAUCUGCCGAUGUAUCGGUCUUGGGUCAUGCUAGAAAAAUUGAGGGUCCAGGAGAUGUGAGAAUUCACAAAGACGGCACUGUCAGAUUGCAGUGUACAAGCAGUUCAGGUAAACACGACUCAGCCUGCUCAUCAUCACAGGUGAUAGAGUCUCUGGGCAUUAUGAUCUAUAAGGCUUUGGACUAUGGUCUGAAGGAGAACGAGGAGCGGGAGCUGAGCCCGCCGCUGGAGCAACUCAUCGACCUAAUGACCAACAUGUCAGAGAGUGACUCCUGUCCAGACGAGGGCUACGAGGCCACAGAGGAGGAGGAGGAGGAGGAGGAAGGAGUGGAAGGCCUCACUCAGACAUGUAGGAUUCGUAGCUUCCGGGACGUUCUCAAGCUAUGCGCCUCCCACCUACCCAGUCCGUCAGACGCGCCCACGCACUACCAGGCGGUGUGUCGAGCUCUAUUCGCCGAGACCAAGGAACUGCGCACGUUCUUGGAAAAGAUCAGGAGUGCCAAAGAGAAUCUUCGUAAGAUGGAGGGAGACACAGUUGAUGAACCUGGUAGAGACCUGAAUGAGCUACAGAAUGCUGAUUGGGCACGGUUCUGGGUUCAGGUAAUGAGAGACCUGCGUAAUGGCGUGAAGCUGAAGAAGGUGCAGGAACGCCAAUACAAUCCUCUACCCAUCGAGUUCCAGCUGACGCCAUACGAGAUGCUGAUGGAUGACAUCCGUUCGAAACGGUACAAACUGCGUAAGGUCAUGGUGAACGGAGACAUUCCUCCCAGGUUAAAAAAGAGCGCCCAUGAAGUUAUACUGGAGUUCAUCCGAUCCAGACCUCCUCUCAACCCUGUGGCAGCCCGUAAGCUCAAGCCCCAGACUCAGAGACCUCAGAGUCUGCACGAGCGCAUUCUGGAAGAGAUCAAAUCUGAGAGGAAACUCAGACCUGUGUCUCCUGAUGAGAUACGCAGGAGCAGGCUGGUAAUUCGACCACUUAGCAUGUCUCAGAGUUUUGACUCGUCAGAUAUGUCGACUCCAGAAGGUGCUAGAAAGGCAUCCAGCACGCUGUCUCUGGCCAACGGUGCACCACAUCAUCAGAACGGCUCCACAGGCUCACAGGGGCUUUUUCAGAGAAAAAGGCUCCAAGCACCUACGCUGGCCGAACUGGAGAGUUCUGACUCAGAUGAUGAAACUGUGGGUCAAAGGUCAGUGAGCAGUUCCAGCAUCUCUACUUCUGUAGUGGAGGACACUUCUCCGGAGUCUGUCCUGGGCAAGAAGACUCCGCCCAUGUUCCUGCCCAUCUCCACCACCCCUCAGCCGGAGCGACGCCAGCCUGCCCAGAGAAGACACUCCAUCGAGAAAGAGACACCCACCAACGUCCGCCAGUUCAUGCCACCAUGCAGGCAAAGCUCCAAAUCCCUAGAGGAGUUCUGUUACCCGGUGGAGUGCCUGGCGCUCACGGUAGAGGAGGUGAUGCACAUCCGGCAAGUUCUGGUCAAAGCGGAGCUGGAGAAGUUUCAGCAGUACAAGGAUGUGUACAAUGCCCUGAAGAAGGGCAAGCUCUGCUUCUGCUGCCGCACCAAGAGGUUUUCAUUUUUCACAUGGUCCUACACCUGUCAGUUCUGCAAAAGGCCAGUCUGUUCACAGUGCUGCAAAAAGAUGAGGCUGCCCUCUAAGCCCUAUGCCAGCCUACCCAUUUACUCCCUGGGACCCUCAACCUCCACCCUGUCCAGAGAGGAGUCAGCUAACAAGCCAGAGAAACCCGGCCCCAGCCAACAGCGACCCAGCCUCCAGCGAACCAUGUCCAGGCUUUCUAAGCACAGUUCAAAGCCCUCAUCUUCAUCAUUGCGGGAGGAGUUGGAGCUCCCAAAGGAACUGACCGAGGACUGGAACACCAUGGAAGUGUGUGUAGACUGCAAGAAGUUCAUCUCCGAUAUCAUCUCCUCUAGCAAGCACAGCCUUUCUCUGGCCAACAAACGCGCUCGCUUAAAGCGCAAGACACAGUCCUUUUCAAUGUCUACGCCUAAGGGUGCUGAGUUCCGCCCCUCAGAGAGGACUAUCAAUGAGGUGUAG